UGGCAAAGCGGCCAAUAUGGCGACCAACCAGCGGGACAAGAUGGUUGUAGUGUCAACAAAAUGAGGGGUCCUCGGUGCAGCUUCGGAGUUCGGAGAAGGUGCAUUAUUUUUCCAUUCCUGCUGAUCCUCUUGGUGGGUGCGGCCUUGACAACUCUGUUGCCCCCUGCUGAGGACCAUGGAGCUGUUGGUGUCCUGGAUGUGCUGCGCAGGGCGGCAUUACAGAAGGAGACCCCUGCACAGAGCCGCCACGCAGACGGCUCAGAGGACAAGUUUACCAUCAUCAUUCAAACUUACAAUCGCACAGACGUCUUGCUCAAACUCCUGAACCAUUACCAGGCGGUCCCCCAUCUUCAGCUGAUUAUUAUAGUCUGGAACAACGUCAGGGAGCAAACACCUGUGAAGAUGUGGGACUCCUUGGGUCCCCAUCCAGUUCAGGUCGUCUUCAAGGAACAGACAAGCAAUCAGAUGCGCAACAGGCUGCAAGCGUUCCCGGAGAUUUCCACUGACGCUGUGUUGAUGCUGGAUGACGACACGCUCAUUAGUGUUCCUGACAUCAGUUUUGCUUUUUCUGUGUGGAAGCAAUUUCCAAAUCAAAUUGUUGGCUUUGUCCCACGGAAACAUGUCUCGACACCUGGAGGAGUGUACAGUUAUGGAAGCUUUGAGCUGCAGAAUCCAGAAAUGGCUGGAGGUGACAUGUACUCCAUGGUUUUAAUCGGUGCUGCCUUCUUUCACCGCCGCUACCUGCAGCUCUUCCAGGACCAGCCUCAAGCAGUACAUGCCUUAGUGGAUGAAACACAGAAUUGUGAUGAUAUUGCUGUGAACUUUGCUGUAGCUUUGUAUUUAAAGAAACACUCGACAGUUAACAGACCUGCUGGCAUCUUUGUCAAACCGGUGGAUCUUCGCAACCUUGAGAAGGAUGCCAGCAGCGGAUACCAGGGUAUGUGGCAUCGUCCUGAACACCUUCUCCAGAGGUCCUACUGUCUGAACAGACUGACUCAGAUCUACGGCUUCAUGCCGCUCCACUACUCUAAUUUGAUGGUUUCUCAGUUUGGUUUCCCCAGCUAUGCCAAUCACAAAAGUAGGGGUUGAAAAAGUGCCAAAUUGCUGCUUUAAGUUAAAAUGAGAGGCUCAAGAAAGAACUCUGGUGUGCUUGGUCAGUAACACAUUUCAGUGCAAUCAGCUGAAAUGUUUAUGAGGUCUGAAAACUACCGGCUGAGAAGCUACCCAAUGGAUGCAGGACAGUUUUUUAAAUGUAUAAUUAUAUUUAAUACUUCUGAUUGGUUUUAUCAUAUCCCACGCUGUGGUUGGCUUGUUGAAAAAUGUGAUGCCUACUGCCAAAUUAAAUGAAAUGUCAAUAUUUGAUCAGGUAAUGUUGGAAAAACCAGCGCAUACAACCCUUAUUAGUGGAUUGUAGCCACUUGGAACUCGGCAGCUGCUGUUUUUGACUUCUUAACUAGUCAGAAAAUGUGAUUUUAGUAUGAAUUUUUAUCCCCUUUUCCUUACAAUGAACUGUACGGAAAAAAAAACAUUCUAAUUUGAGAAAAAAAAAACUAACAGUUAAAGUGUUGAUGUAGGAAGUUAUAUUCAUAAACCUAGAUUUGUAAACUGUAUUUUGUACGUUU